AUGGAAGAAAUUGAAGCUAAACCAUUAAGUUCUUUAACCGAAAAAUCCCUUCAAACAGAAGAAGCCUCUUUGGAAAAAGAGGAACCAAUCAUUGUCAAUAAUUCGAAUUUGGUAGAAUUGAAAAAUGCUUGUGACGAUUAUAUUCAAAAGCUUUUCGUAAGUAAAGCUAAUUUUCGUCAAAAUAAUACCCAUACUGAUGUUAAGUUGGUGUUAGGAUAUUUGGCAUGUGGUUUCGCCUUGUCUGGUGGAUAUUAUGGGCACAAGAUACCAUUCAAUGAGGCAAAAGAAGAAACUAUUUUUGUAGGAGAAUUCGAAGAGAAUGACAAAAAACAUACAAUCACAAUUCAAACAAAUACAAAAAGAUAUUCUGAUAUUUAUAACAUUAUUUAUGAAUAUAUUGGGAAUGAAAAACAAAAUUCUUCUAUUAAAAUUCGAAAUGCCAAAUAUACACUUUCUAAAUCUUUUGGAAAUUGGUUUGAUGUUAAAGGUCAAAUGGAUACUGAAAAAUUUGAAAGAGAUUUAUUUGAAGGAUUAGAGAUUGUUAAAACCGGAAAUAAACCACAUGAACAAUAA